AUGGCUACCUCAGACACGAGCUCUACUGCCACAUCCCCGACGAAUGCCGCUGUCGUCACCGGGCCUGUCGUCACCACCGAAAACAGCACCUUUUCGAGGCUUGGCCAUGCGCUUUCCCUAGUUCAACAGAUCGAGGCGCUUGGGGAGGACCGUCCAGCGUCAAUCGUCCCCGAGCAAUGGCCUGUUGUGACCUGCAAGAAGGACCUCAAUAUUAGCGAGAUGUUGAGCCGCAACAAGAACAAAAGGUUGACGGCCGUGGUUCCAAGAACCCAAGGGGAGCGCUUUCGUUACCUCCUUGUUUGUUGGAUGGCUACGGCAAACAUUCCGUUCGCCGCAAUGGAAAACAAGUAUUACCGUCAAAUACUACAGCUCUUCAACGCUCCAUUAACUGACGCCCUUCUUCCAAAAGGGGGGGAUACAACAAGAAGCUGGCUCACAAGUAUGUAUCACGAUCUUCUUGAUUCCAUCAAGGUUAAGCUCGAGGCUUCUCCACAUCAGAAACACCUCUCUUUCGAUCUGUGGACCUCCUCUCAUGGCCUUGCGCUACUCGCAGUCGUUGUUCAUUAUUUUGAGAGCUCUGGCAAUUAUCAAACACACCUCCUGACUCUGUCACGGAUUACGGGGACUCAUGCUGGCGAGAACAUUGCACCUGCCAUCGCCCUCAAAUGCAAGGUCCGGGUCCGUUGUUUCGGGCACAUAUUGAACCUUGUUGCUAAGGCCUUCCUUCAAGCAACCAACAAGAAGCUCAUCAAGUCCCUGGCACCGGAAUCCCUGGCACACCACAACGCAGCGGAAGAGGGAAGGCUUCUUCAGGAAUGGCGCAAGUCUGGCCCUAUUGGAAAGCUCCACUUCCUGGUUCAUCACAUUCGCCGCAGUCCUCAACGCCGGGAUCUGUUUUCGGAUAUCGCUAAGGGCAAGUUGACAGAGGAAGAACAGCAAGAAUUCGGCGCUAUUCUAAUCGACAAGGACAUUGCAAAGCUGCAGUUGCGUUCGGACAAUGAGACUCGAUGGCAUUCAGUUUACCACAUGAUCGACCGGGCAAUCAUGUUACGUGAUCCUCUGGAUUAUUUCGUCAACAUCGUGACCAAGAAGGAUCCAGAUAAUAUCACGAGCGAUGACCAGCUUACGCCUUCAGAGUGGGUGGUGCUCAAAGAGAUCCGUUGCAUCUUGGAACCGUUCAAAAUCAUUACAAAGAAGUUUGAGGGCCGGAAACCAAACUUUGCAGACGUCGUAUCACAUGCCUACACCCUGCACAGGAACCUCAACGAACUCUAUCAACAGUAUGCCAGAACAGCCAGUCAACAUCACGAUUUCCAUGGGGGUCCCUGGGUUGGUAUACGGCCACCGUCGCCGGCCCUGGGAAACUCUCUCAAUCCCGGUCGGAUGCAGUCGCUUUCGUCAGACCCAGACCCAGAUAUUGAACCCCCAGUCAACGUGUUGAGCCUUCCAAGUCAACGGCGAUCUGGGCGAACUAUCCGGCCUCCAGCUCACUUGGACGACUUUGAAGUUGACCUCCCAGCAUUUGGAUAUCGGCCCUCUACCGCAGAGCCCCACCCAGCGCCAUCGCCACGCCCUCAACAGCGUGUUGUUCAACUUGGGGAGGUAAUUGACGAUGAAGUUGAUGAUACUGGGUAUGCCUUUAUCCAAAAGAAUGAUCCGCUUAAGUCGUCCGACAUUCAAGCCCGGUUCCGGGUUUUCUUUGACCACAAUUAUCCUCGACCGGCUCCGGAUUCAUCAAACGGGUCCCGGGACCGACCUUCACAUCGCCCGGCGUUUGGGUAUGACUUCUAUGACCCUCCAGAUCGCGUAUCCGUUGAUGAGAUAGCUAGAGCAGGAGGAACGCCAGGGAGUGGUGUGACUGUUGGAGACCUUUUGGGGGCUGAGCGGAACGGAUCAGCUGCUUCCGGGGGCGAUUGGCCUGUGGUUCCGCCCGUUGGCACAUCCGUGACAUCGAGGAUCGCGUGUCAGCUGAAACUUUCUCCAAUCCUGCAACAGCUUGAGCCCGGGUUCAUGGACAAAUGGAUCACGAAGUUCGCCAUAGCCGGUGCCAUGGCACCCAGUGGCCAGAACAAGCCGGACUCCAAGGUAAAGAUCUACUGGCCGAAUCACGACUGUGUGAACGAGAGGCAAAUCAUUCCUGACCUGUCAAGUCGUAGAGUUGCCCGGAAUUAG